UACUUGCAUUGUAAACACUGAACAAAAAAUCUAUUAAUAGAGUCUUUAUCAGAGUGGUUAUUUUGUUUGAAAUUUGAUAGGACGUAACAAUGGUUGAUUAUGCAUUACCUAUUGAUUAACGUCUCUCAUUACGAACAUACUGUUAUUGUCUUACACUAUUUUUGUUUUUUGAUGUUAAAAUGAGGCAGAAAUAACUUGAAUUAAUUCACUUAAAUGAAAAGAAAUAUUAAUGAAGGAGUAUCAUUAAUGAUGAAGGAUAUUUAUUUGAUUUUGGCUAUUGUUUUCUUCAAAAAAGCGUCCAGUUUAUGUGAUUCAACAUCAUCAGAAGUUUGUAAAUUGAAUUACAAUAAAGAGUUGCCUUAUGUCUAUGACAGACAUCCCUCCAUCGAUCAUUCAUCAUCAACAGACGAUACUAAGUAUUGUGACUUACAUGCACUCCAGCACGAUGUCUGGUAUAGAAGUAGUUAUAACCUUAUAACAGAAUGUGUGGAUCAUAGAAAAUGCGGAACGUCGGAUCCUAUUUGGCUUAAUGGAAGUCUGCCAGCUGAUACAGAGGGCACUGUAGAUGGAGUAGGUUGUGUAAAAACUUUUUCAAGUUGCUGUGAGUCCACCAUAGCUUUAAAGAUAAGAAACUGUACAUAUUAUAUGGUGUACUGUUUUCUGGAUCUACAUUCCUCAUGCCAUAGCAGAUUCUGUCUAGACACAGAUUUGAGUGUUGAGACAACAACUGUUGCGCCCACAACUACAGUUACAAUUGUAUCUGAAACAACCGAAAGUAGCCCACAAGAAGUUAAAGACCCCGGUAAAUUUUUAGUAACACUCUUUUCAUUUCUGGCACUUAUCAUUCAGUUUCUAAAAUGUAUUGAAUUAGUCUUACAAGUUGUAUGAAUUUUCGCACUGAAU